CCCGCAUGGCCCCGGCCCAGCUGCCUGUGGCGCUGCCCCGCGUCAUGCGCCUGCUCCGCUUCCAGCGUCCCGGGGCGGCCGGGCCCCGGCUGGGGCUGCAGGAGGACGAGGGCCGGGACGUGGUGGCCUGUGCGGACCGCUCUGCAGUGUCUUCGUUUCCUUAGGCGGAAAAUAGGAGGAUGCAGGAGCUGAGGGGCGAUGGGAGGGGAGCGUCCUGCCGUGCCGCCGGCAGCCUGGGGACCGCGUGCUGUGGGUGCCGGCACGAAACUCCUUCAUCCGUCAGCACAGGAGCUGCGGUUCAGGCUGCAGCGGCAGGAACUCGGCUCAGCCCUGCAGAGAGCGGUCCGGCAGCUGGAGAAGAUGACAGCUGUGGAGUGUGAGAGCCUCAGCAGUGUCUGCAGCCUGCGAGGAGCCGAGCGGGGCUGGGAAGAGGAAAGUGUGCGAGUCCUGGGCAGGGAUGCAGAAUGGCAGCGUCAGCGGCAGGACCGGCUGCAUCCUCCUCCACUCCUGACGCUGUGCGCUGGUUUCCUUUGAGAAGCGCCCCAAUGUCACCUCUGUGGGGUUCCGCAGGACACACAGACAUGGGAGCACCAGCACAGGGCAGGACUGGAGACUGGGAAGACGGGGAUGGUGAGGGCAGUGUGUGGCUGUCGGCUCCUCGGGUGGUACCAGCACACAUCGCACACAAUCACAGAAUGGCUCGGGUUGGAUGGACCUCAAGGAUCAUCAAUCUCCAACCCCCUGCCAGGCGGGGCCCCCAACGUCCCCAUUUAAUACCAGACCGGGCCGCCCAGGGCCCCAUCCAACCUCCCGCGUUCUGCCCCUCCCGGGAUCUGCCCCUUAUGGGCGGGCAUGGAAUACUUGGGACCCGGAGUCCCUCCCCGCUGCGGGGCGUUGGCUCCGCGUCGCGGCCCGGCCCGGCAGAGCUCCGUUCCGCGCUGCAGAGGCGUUUCCCGUGCUGUCGUUGCCAGCAGCUGGUGGACCUGAACAAUAAGAGAUUGACCAAGCACUUGAGCGAUGGCAACAAUCAAGGGGGGUCUCAAGUUUCAGCCCUGAGCAAGAAGCGCAGGCACUCAGGAAGGCCAUGAAGGGCUUUGGCACGGAUGAAGAUGCCAUCAUCGACAUCUUGACCAAACUCAAUGUUUCCCAGCGUCAGCAAGUUCUGAUCACCUACAAGAGCACUAUUGGCAGGGAUUUGAUCGAUGACUUGAAGUCGGAGCUGAGUGGGAAUUUUGAGAGGGUGAUCAUUGGGAUGAUGACUCCCACCACCAUGUAUGACGUGCACGAACUGAAGAGGGCUGUGAAGGGAGCAGGAACAGAUGAAGGCUGCCUGAUUGAAAUUCUGGCUUCUCGCACCAAUGAAGAGAUUCGUCGCAUUAAUGAGAACUACAAGCUUCAAUAUGGCUGCUCCCUUGAGGAUGACAUCGUGUCUGACACAUCUUCCAUGUUUCGAAGGGUCCUCGUGUCCCUCGCAACGGGAAACAGAGAUGAAGGCAUGUAUGUGGAUGAAGGCCUUGCUCACCAAGAUGCUCAGUGCCUGUACGAAGCGGGGGAGAAGAAAUGGGGAACAGAUGAGGUGCAGUUUAUGUCCAUCCUCUGUACACGGAACAGGUAUCACCUGCUGAGAGUUUUUGAUCUGUACAGAGGCAUUGCUAACAAGGACAUAACAGACAGCAUUAAAUCUGAGAUGUCAGGAGACCUGGAAGAUGCUUUGCUGGCUGUGGUCAAGUGCAUGCGAAACAAGCCUGCGUACUUUGCUGAACGGCUGUAUAAAUCCAUGAAGGGCCUGGGAACAGACGACAGCACUCUGAUCAGAGUGAUGGUGUCCCGCUCCGAAAUUGAUAUGCUGCACAUCAGAAGGGAAUUCCUGACCAUGUAUGGGAAGUCUCUCCACUCCUUCAUCAAGGGCGAUUGCUCAGGAGACUACAGGAAGGUUCUGCUGAAGCUCUGUGGCGGCGAGGAUUGAAGGAUUCCUGUGCUGUGGGAAGGAGGGGAUCAUAAGGAUUUCUCUCCAUUGGUUUUGGUUUUUUUUUUCCCUCUCAUUAAUUGCUGAGUAGUGACUUUGAUUAAUUAAUGCUCUGGUUGGGUAAUGGCAGUUCCAUUUUACCCUUAACUUCUGCACUUUUGCUUACAACACCCCUGUGCAUCUAACUGAGCUAUAAAGCCUUGUUUGAACAGAAUGCUUUAACCAAAUCUAUGCAAGCUUUGUUAUUUCCUUGCUGUCCCUCUGCGUUUACCAGUCAAAUCCUGUCAAAAUCCUGUGAAAUGAAGCAAAUUUGGACAUGGAAUGUAGGAAUUUGCAGAGGGAAGGAUUAACUUUGUCAUUAUAUGGAGAGAAUGCAGCCGGGCUUCAGCUUUUGGAAGAUAAUUAAAAAAAAAAAAUCAAAUUUGAUGAAAUGGUCUUUUCCAACCUAAAUGAUUCUGGGGUCACCAAAUGCAAUGCCAGGCCGUUCCCACCAUGCCCACUACCCGCGUCCAUCAGUGGUUCUUGCAAAGCUCUGACUUGUCAGCUUGCUCUCUGAGUGUGGAACAAAACCAGCCGUGCUGGACUUCGUGUGCUUGUUGCCUGUGGGUCUGGAGGUGGGGAAGCCGCCCCUGGUGCCUGCAGAAGGAACAGCAGCGCUGUGCCUGGUCACAGAUCAGCCUCACAGCCUUGGUCUGCCUGCCUUGACUGUGGCAGUGUAAGCCAUCAGGUUUGUGUGUCAAGCCUUUACCCUCAGUUAAUUGCUGUCACUGGAAGGGUUCCUACGAAGGAAUGAGCUGUAAAGCACAUCUCAUCAGUGCUGCCUGAUGUACUGAGCUGCUCUGGGGUCACCAAAUGUGCCAGCACCUCCUGCCGGGACUUCUGGAUAACGCUGCCCUUAGAAACUCUGCUUUUGGUGCCUUUGU